AUGUCGUACAUUGAGCCGCCGCCAAAGAAGUUGUCGCGGGGUGAAGAAAACCAGCUGAACGUGGGGACUCACUCGACGUUUAAACUUAUUGUACGCACGACCAUCUGUGCGACACUGUUCGCUAUCCCAUUUUGUGUCUCCAUCCCUUCCUCCCCGCUGCUGAAACUCUCGCAGACGCAAGACACAAAGAAGUCGCUUAUCCCUCGCAUGAUGAGCGACUUCUUCUAUGUGAACUUUAUUGCCAGUUGGUGCGCCUACUUUUUUCUCAUCGAGCCACGUAUUACGAAUGAAAAGGCAAAGAAGGGCUUUAUGCCCUAUCUCGGUCCAGUCACAGCGCAGGUGCCAGGAUUAUCGUGUCUGCUUCUUUCCCAUCUCUUUUACCCGGGUAUGUGGGCAGUGUUUAACGAACGAAGAUGGCGUGAGCGUCGGAGGGAGUUUAUUCGUCUUAACACAAAGUGCUUUCUCGCUUAUGCGCCUAUUCACAUACCGACUGCAGUUGCCAUUGGCGCCGGCGUAGGCAUCGUGUUGUAUCCGUUUAAAUUUUUCAAAAAGCGUUGA